AUGAAAAGUUCACCAAGAUACAAAGAUAACGCACAGAGCUCGCUUCCUUCACCAACCAGCAUCACCAGUCUGACCCGGCCCGUUACCUCCAUGUCUGAACCAACUACCUUCUUCCAAACCGAUGCUUCCUCCUUCAAGCAAGUCGUCCAGAUGCUCACCGGAUCCUCCAAGAAGCCUAACCCGACCCACAAACCCGAACAGAGGUACUCAAUCCCUCUAGUCAAAGCUGUUCCCAACAAGAAGCAAUCUUCUUCCUCCCUAGGUUUUCGACUCUACGAACGCCGCAACUCGAAGAAGCAUCUCAAGAUCCACCCGGUACAUUCAGGAUUACCCGAGAAUCUCUCCCCCAGCAUUUUGGACUUUCCUUCUCUGGUUCUCAGCCCUGACACUCCUCUCAUACGCGUCCCGUUUUAUCGAACCGGGUCUUUGAGUAAGAGUCCGAGCUCCGACGCUGAAGAGAGAGCAAUGAAAGAGAAAGGGUUUUAUUUCCACCCGUCACCGUCGACGACUCCGAGGGUUUUGGAGCCCCGACUUCUCCCUCUCUUUCCGUUGACUUCUCCUAGGGUUUCAGAUUCUGUCUCGGCCUCUACUACCCCAGGAACUUAA